AUGCAAGUAGAUUGCGUCUCGAUUUGCUAUCUUCCCCGGUUGCCGAGUCACAGCUGGAAGGAACGAAUUCCGACAGUUGCGUUGCAGUUUACCGGCACCAGGUGCAACUACUGCCUUGACUAUCCUUGUAUCUUGUACACUGCACUCAGAAUCUCAUGUGGGCUGUUCCUCUGCACCAGUGCAACACUUGCACCUGUUGCACCGGUGCACUCCGAUCUGGCACCUGUGCGCCAAUUACCGCACCAGGUGCUUUCAGCUCCUGGACUAGGGCAGCCACCGCUUCCCAAUCUGUGCUCGCUUCUGGGUUUCGGCACAGGCACCAAGCUCGUUGGCUCUUCUCAACUCCAUUGCCCCGUACUGAACUAUGUCGGAACCUAUCUCCAGAUGCACGGCAGAGAUAGCGGCAUCAAUUGCGAGAUUACAGGCAAUUUCUGCACAUCAGCGGCCAGAAAGUGUACGGACUUCAGGCGAGACUUCCAGCCGGAGCAUACGGGAACAUAUUUGGGCCUUUCAGGUGAAGCUCAGCACUACAGGACACGCUUCGCGACCUUAUUUUCUCAAAUUCACGUCCUUCUCGUCCAUCAGCAGCUCGAGUAUAAGAACAGUGAACCACAAGACUCUGGUAACGACUUCGAGGAAUUCUCCGAUGACUCCGACAGAGAGAGGCUUUUCAAAAGAAGGCAGGAACUCACGCGGCACUUUGGAAGGCGGAAUUCUGUCCAUUUUGCACGACCACUUUUACUCAAGCGAAAGCGGACCGCCAAGUCAAAGGAAAUUCAUAAAGAAACGCCUAAUGCUUCGCAGAACGCCAAGCCAGCAAUCGCUCAAAUAGCCAGGGAAGAAUUUCACGGAGACCUUGCUCAAGUGCAACCUGUCCCCGCCAAUGACCCUGUGCAUCAGGCAACAGCAUUUCGAGACCGCUUGUCUGUACAGCCAAAUUCAGCAAGCCAGAUCACCGACAUGAUCGACCCCGACCCAACUUGUCUAUCCUUCGACGUUGUCACCCAGUCACCACCACCUCAUUCGCAGCAUCACCAGACUCCCAUUUGGUUUGAUGGCAGGCACAGCUCAGACCGAUCUGGGCAACUACAUAUUAUGUCAACUCCGCUGUGGCCUAUGAGCAACAUGACCACGAGCAACCAGCUCACAUCGUUCGGUGUAGGAGCAACAUCGCUCGUGGGGUUCUCUGGCUCAGCGGAAGUGUUUCAACAGAUGGACCCCGCGGCAUACUUGUAG